AUGAUGAUGAUGGUGGAUGAUAAAUUUCGUUCGGCUCUCAGUUCUAUUCAGCAAGCAGUGAUUGAUUGGUAUCAACGAGAGCUCAAUUACAAGCACACAGAUGGAUCUUACAGUGCGUUCGGAAGUAGUGACCCGGAGGGUUCCAUGUGGCUGACUGCCUUCGUCGUUCGAUCAUUCGGUCAAUCCGCUGAUUUCAUCACCGUGGACGAAAAGCAGCUGCGAGACAGCAUCGCUUGGAUCUUGGCUCGGCGUCUUGAAAACGGCUGCUUCCCAAAAGGAGGCAUUGGGGAAGAGACAAGUUCCCCAGCUCCUUUGACAGCCUAUGUCCUGAUGUCACUGCUGGAGUCAGGUAUUCCGGUCGAGGAGCAGGUUGUGGAGGAGGCGCUGAAUUGCAUCAGCAAAGACGACAAGCCGUCCUUGUAUACCCUGGCACUGGCAUGUUACGCUUUCGCAUCGUCCGGCGGAAACAAUACCGAACACGCGCAAGAACUCUUGGAUCAAUUGCUGACUGCUGCUACUCGCAAGAAUGGACUCAUAUGGGUACCAGUCGAAGACUCCCUCAAGUCCGGAGUUAACGUGGAGGCGACUGCUUAUGCCUUGCUGACGAUGGUGAAGUUGAAGAAGAUCGACUCUGACGUGGGGAACGACGCUGAUCGAGCAAUUGCCUUGAGCAUGGUGCGCUGGAUCGCGCAGCAGAGAAAUUCUAAAGGAGGCUUUGUGUCAACUCAGGACACCGUCGUAGCGCUGGAAGCGUUGUCGGAAUAUUCUGCCUCCAUGGGAAUCCAAAAUGUUGCCAUGGACGUCACUGUGAUUGAAGAUGUCGAUAAGGGCGUGGAACCAGACGAACCUAUCUACUUUUCUGUUUCGGAAGAAAACAAAUUGAUCCAGCAGGAAUUGAAGCUGAGUGGUGUUCCGAAGAAGCUCACCAUGCAAGGAUUUGGCACCGGCUGUGCCUUGGUUCAGGCUAGCUUGCGGUAUUCUGUGGCGGAUGCCCCACCCGAGGCCUCAUUUAUCCUCGAACUGAACCCUAUGAGCUUCUUUUGGGGACCGAGUAGGAAGCUGAGCAUCUGCGCUCGAUACGACGGGCCUGGCGGGGACUCAAAUAUGGUGGUCAUGGAAAUCGGCAUGCUAUCCGGUGUGAAGAGAUGGGAGGUGAACCCUCAAAACAACCAAUUGAACCUGUACUUCAACUCUUUGAGCCCAGAAACUAAAUGCAUCACUGUAAACCUCAUUCAAAACGUACCCAUGGAAAACUUGGUUCCCGCAGUUGUUCGAGUUUACGAUUAUUACAACCCAGAGUUGUUCGCGACAAAGAACUACACGUUUGAAACGUGGGAACCGACACCUCCGAUUGCCAUCGACCCGAUUUCUAGCACAGCUAGUCCAAUUCCGAUUCCCGUCGUCACAGCACUGCCUAUUCCGCUUCAAGCAGAAAAUAAUGGAUCCGUGCCAAGACUGGUAUCAACAGCGGAAGAUUGCAAACCUAAUCAAAAAUUCGACAGUCAGAAGCAAACGUGCUACGACGACAGUUCGACAACUACGUCGUCCGCACAAAAUGGAACACAGGCGGGAAUUGUGACUUCUACAAUCGUCCCGAAAACGGAUGCGAAGCUAACAACAACUGCAGCAGUUCCUUCUCGAGUCGGCGGGCGCAUAAAUAAGACUUCUGUGGCCCCUUGA